AUGGCAAGACAAAAUUUUGUGGGAGUAGUCAUUUCCCAAGGGAAAAUGACAAAGACAGUCAAAGUCCGUGUUCAAGGAAGAGUGUACGAUAAGCGUGUUGACAAAGAGAUUCUUACCAGAAAGGAUUACUUGGUUCAUGAUGAAGGUAGCAUUUGUAAAGAAGGUGACAUUGUCCGUAUUGAAAGUAUACCAAAGAUUUCAAAACGAAAAGCAUUUGCCAUUGCCGAAAUCAAAGUGAAUAAAGGUCAGCAAUUCGCAGCCUAUGAAGAAAUGGCCAAGAAACAAGUUAAACUCGAAGAAGAAAAAGAAGCAAAGAACUUCAUUGAACAUAGAGACAAAUUCAGCAAAAUCAUAACUCAAUUAGAUGAUUUGAAAAGGAUGGAUAGGUUGACUCAUGAGAUUACCAGUAACUUAGAGGAUGACCACACCAAACUAAUUGAAGAGAUUAAUCAAAUAAAAGAAAAAUACAACAUAAAAUCAUGGCCAACGACAGAGUCUACAGUUGAUCUCGCCUUGAACGAACCAGCAUUUUCCGAUGAAAAAGAAAAGAGAUUAUACUUUAUACAAUACAUCUUAAAUGAAUUGAUGAACAAUGUCAAGUAUGAUGAAAUAAGAAAGUCUAUUGUUGAAAACAAGUUAAAGAAGUCAAUUGAAAAAGUUAGCAAGUCUAUACAAAAGAAUGUUGUCAGAAGGUACAUGUUGGACACAAGAAAUGAAUGUCCGGUUCCAUUGCCUUAG